AUGGAGGGGAAAGAUAUAAAGAAGAAAUUUUUCACACCGGAUAAGAUUGUUUGCUACAUAAUGAGUUUGUUAGUGAUUGUGGCUGCAACUGCAGCAGUUAUUAUGAUUGUUAGGACAUCCAUCUGUGAUGCCCAGGAAAAUGACUUUCCCGAGGAAAAACCGGUGCUCUUUCCUUGGGGCUACAAAUGCGUGGAGGAAAAGUGCGUACGGACGGCCAUUUCUGAUGAUAACUGGCGCAGCCUCGACAGUUUAUCAGUUUGUCAUCUGAAAUGCGAGAAAUACGCCACACUUCUGCCUCAUCCCACUGGCCAGGUGCAAAUUGGUGACACCUUCGAGGCGGUGAGUGUGUGUGGAAUGGAAUUUACCGAGGUGGAAGAUAGCACAGUUCAAGAGUAUCUCGAUGAGAGUAUCGACCGAUUUCACAGAGUGCUCAAGAGUAAGAAGACUCAGAGCCAUCCUCUGGCCAGAGGAGUCCAUGUCUCUGUGGAAUUCUACCUAACUGAGACGGAUCUGUCUCUCACUCUUGACACGGAUGAGAGCUACUCUCUCAGCAUUGCGAAGGCGUCCGGAGGAGAAGGGAUCAAUGUUAAAAUUCAUGCAGUUACUUACUUUGGCUUGAGGCAUGGACUGGAAUCUCUUGGGCAGCUGAUUGUCUACGAUGAGCUUCAAUUCAGGUACAAAAUGCCUGGGAAAGUGGAGAUUGUUGAUCGGCCAGUUUAUCGGCAUCGUGGGCUGCUCCUGGACACUGUUAGGCAAUUCUAUUCAGUGAAAUCCAUUAAGAGGACAAUUGAUGCAAUGGCCAUGGUGAAACUCAAUGUCUUCCACUGGCACAUCACAGACGCCAACAGUUAUCCCAUGAAGCUCCAGAAUUUCCAAGAAAUGGCCAGGAUUGGGGCUUAUGGGCCAAAGGAAGUGUAUUCUGUCGAAGAUAUCAGAGAGGUUGUUCGGUUCGCUAAAAUCCGAGGAAUCCGUGUGAUGCCCGAAUACGAUGCUCCCGCUCAUGUGGCUGAGGGAUGGCAAUUCACAGACUUUGUCACUUGCUACAACGCUCAACCCUGGGAUCAGUUCUGUGCAGGUCCCCCUUGUGGACAAUUGGAUCCAACCCGGGCUGACCUCUAUGACGUCCUCGAGGGCAUUUACGAUGAAAUGAAUGAGUUAUUUGACCAGCCAGAUUUGUUCCACAUGGGCGGAGAUGAGGUUUAUCCUUCCUGCUGGAACAUCAGCUCCCAUGUUCAACAGUGGAUGAUGGACAGGGGCUGGGGUGUCGAACGAGAGGAUUUUGUUGAACUAUGGAAUCACUUUCAGACUCUGGCUCAUGAGCGCCUCAAGAAAGUAGCACCCAAAACGCGAGCUGUUCUCUGGACAGGAACUCUCACUGAGGCCAAUUUUGUCGAACGCUUCCUGCCACCAGAGGACUAUGUGAUUCAAGUUUGGACUGAAGGAUCUGGAACAGGAUCGCAUAUUCCGCAUCUCCUGGCCGGAGGGUACGAUCUCAUCAUCUCCAAUACUGAUGCACUGUACCUGGAUUGUGGCUUUGGGUCCUACGUCGGUGAAGGGGUCAACUGGUGCAGUCCCUACAAGCCCUGGACCAAAAUGUACAACAACAACAUCACUGCAAUGGGAGGAGAACGACGUGGACAGAUUCUAGGAGCAGAAGCAUGCUCCUGGUCCUCGAUUUCGGGAGAACCGGGCAUAGAUUCUCGACUCUGGCCAAGACUUAGUGCAUUGGCGGAGCGGCUUUGGACAGAUCCGGAUACUGAUUUUAGGGCAGUUGAAAGAAGGAUUCUGCUCCAUCGAAGAGAUCUCGUCAAUUUUGGCAUCAAUGCUGAAGGUAUUCAGCCUGGAUGGUGCCUUCACAAUCCUUCCUAUUGCGUCCGAUAGAAUGACAAGUGAAAAUUGCAGACGAAAGAUUGCAUUGAGAUCCGGAAGACUGCAGGAUUCCAACUAUUUUCGGAUUUAUAUUUUAAUUUUAAUUUAAUAUUUUGUAAAACUUUUCAUGAUUAUUAAAAAAAAAUAAUAAUAAAGGUUAUGCUAUUAAAUAAUUAAAAUAAAUGUUAAGAAAA